CUCAACCUUUUUCCAUUCAGACCAGCAACCAUACCGGGCGUGACGGGGAAUCGGCCUGAACUUCUCAAUUUAUAGCCAAAAUGGGAUUCGGUGAUUUGAAAAAAGAAGCGGGCCUCAGGGCCUUGCAUGACUACCUUGCCGAUCGCAGUUAUAUCGAAGGGUAUACCGUAUCACAGGCAGAUGUAGUAGUCUUUGAAGCCCUUUCGGGGGCCCCUGGAACAGAUCUGUACAACGCAUUGCGCUGGUACAACCAAGUCAAGUCCUACAAAAGCCAGUUCAGUAGCUUGCCUGGCAUCAAGAAGAGCCUUGGUGAGUACGGCCCGGCCACAGCAGCAAAACCAGCAGCACAGAAUGCUGCAGCUGAUGAUGACGACGACGACGAUGACGUCGAUCUAUUUGGCUCAGAUGACGAUGAUGAUGAAGCAUUGAAAGCCCUCCAGGCAUCCAGGAAAGCAGCUGAUGAUGCAGCUCCCAAAAAAAAAGCUCCACCUGUGGCCAAAUCAAGCAUUGUGCUCUUUGUCAAACCCUGGGAUGACGAGACAGACAUGAAGGAAGUAGAGACGCUAGUUCGGUCUAUUGAGAUGGAUGGUCUUCUAUGGGGAAGUUCCAAACUGGUUCCUGUUGGGUAUGGAAUCAACAAGCUGCAGAUUGGAUGCGUUGUCGAAGAUGACAAGGUCGGCACGGAUGACCUCGAGGAGAAAAUUACGGCAUUUGAAGAUCACGUCCAGUCAGUUGACAUCGCAGCUUUCAACAAAAUCUAGCCAGCAAGAUGGCUACUGACCGUCUCAGCAGCUUUGAAAUGCUGUUCUCACAAUCAACAGAUUCCUCAUUACCACAUGUGAAUGCGUGAGCCAUGUGUCUCAUCACACUGUUGGAGGUUCAUUACCUGACGCACAAGAACAAGACAUUCUUGAAGCCAUGAUUAUGUUUUUCUGUUUAAAAACCAGACACUGAAGCAACUGCUUCAAAUGGACACAUGCAGCUUUCAGUUGAAGCUUAACGCAAUGUACACGCCGAAAACAUCAAGCCUUUCCUAGUUUGAGAAAAUAAGUCGUUUGAAGACUGUUUCCCAAGUCUGAUUUAAAAUGUGUUCUAGAGGAUUACCUUUACCCUUUUUCCAUUAAUCCAAAUUUGACGUAUGUGUGUCUGACGUUUGCAAUCUAUUGUAAUUUUUCACUACAUCAUGCAUUCUUUUCCGUCUUUGAAACGGGACUCAUCUUGAUCCCUUUGAAGGUCACUCUGAGUUGUCACGGGGGUUCAUAAUCAUGUAUUUGGUAAUUCUAAUAAAGGAGUUCACAAUUGAA